AUGAGACCUGGCUUUAUACAACCACUUACACCAACCACUAAGCAACAAAUUUCACCAACUUUUAAUGCACCACUAUCGCCCACAACGACAAUGGAAACAGGUGGCACGAGUAAAGUAUUAUUUUAUCCACCCAAAACAAAUCGCUUUCAGUUCGAUUCGCCAAAAUGUGCAUUAUGCAGACAAAAUGUUUAUGCAGCCGAGGAGAUGAGUGCAGCUGGAAAAAAAUAUCACAAAUUAUGUUGUAAAUGCACACAUUGUGGCAAAUUACUUGACUCACAUAAUUUAACUGAACAUAAUGAACUGCUUUAUUGUAAAUCUUGUUACAGCAAAUCAUUUGGUCCGAAAGGAUACGGGCACGGAGUUGGUGCGGGCAUUUCAAGUAUGGAUGGUGUAAAAGCACACUCCAUCACACCACCAAUAACACCACAAUCAAACUCGCCUUCAUCGUCCCCUUUGACAACACGAUAUAAAGAUAAUGACUUUCGAGGAACAAAUUCAUUGGAUAAUAUUGAACCUCAAUCGCCCAGAAUGAAUCCACAUUCGUUAACUUCGAAUGGCCAUCGUGCAUCAACUUUACAGACUCAAAUUACCAAUUCGUUUUCAUCACUUCAUAAACGGACUGUUUGUCGAAGAUGUAGUAAAACGGUCUAUUUAGCCGAAGAAGUAAAAGCGGCUGGAGGGGUGAAUUGUUAUCAAAAACAUUGGGGACCACGAGGCGUUGGCUUUGGAAUAGGAGCCGGUGUUCUCUCCACAAACGGUGUUUAG